CCAUGAUGAAGAAUUCCUGGAAUGAGAUGUUGCUGAAUGUGUUGAUUCUUGUGAAACUCUCGCUUCCCUUUUCCAGCUUUUCUCAGAAGUUUUCCCCCCUCCGCCUGCCUAGUAACCAGAGAUGUCAUGGAAACGUUUUUUCCCUAUUGGUUGAGCUUGGCCAAUCGCCGGCUCGCUUUGGAUUAUUAUGCUAUAGAUCGUCCCGAAGCGCCUCUUUCUUUCGCCUGGGACUUUUCAGGAGAGCGCAGCUGCAGGUGGAGGUUUCAGGACAGAGGAUGGCUCUGCGCUCUGCGCCCCUGUGGCUCCUGGUGUUGGUCGCUCGGCAGCACGUGUGCCUCGGCUUCUCCUCACAUUCCUUCAAGAUUGUCUACUUCACCAUCUUCGAGCCCAGUCAGAGGCUGAGCCACUUUUUCAUUGUGGGCUAUGUGGACGGUCAGAUCUUUGCUCACUACGACAGCAACAGCAGGAAGAUUCAGCCGCGAGUCUCCUGGAUGGAGAAAUCGGGGAAGGAUAUUCCCCAAUACUGGCAGGCUCUGACUGACGUAGCACGUAACUUCAAUGAUCGGCACAGAGACCACCUGGAAUUUAUGAGGAUUUACCACAAUCAGAGACAAGAUGAUAUGCUACAGGGCAUCGCAAGCUGUGAACUCCAGGGAAAUGGGAGUGAAAGUGGGUUUUACAUGGAGGCUUAUAAUGGGAAAGCCAGAUUCUCCUUCCCCAUGGUGGAGGUCAUCAUGGAAAACUGCAUUGAGUUGCUAAAGAAGUGCCUGUCUUAUGGGAACGAGACGCUGCUGACAAUAGAGACCCCGGUGGUGACAAUGACCAGAAGGACAGAGGCUGAGGAUGGACUGGAGAUGCACGUCUGCCGGGUCCACGGCUUCUACCCCAGGGAGAUCGAUGCCUCCUGGAGGAGGGACGGAGAAGUCUGGAUGCAGGACACCCUCCAUGGGUCUGUGGCCCCCAAUGCGGAUGGGACUUACCACUAUUGGCUCGGCAUCCAGAUCGAUCCCAAAGAGAGGGACCGCUAUCGGUGUCAUGUGGAGCAUGACGGCCUGCAGGAGCCUCUGGCCCUGGUCCUGAAGGUUCCAGAAUCCAACCUGGGCCUCAUCAUCGGCUGCGUUGUGGCUGCUCUUGUCCUGGCGUGUGUGAUUGUUGGGAGUUUGAUAUUCUUGAGAAGUCACAGUUCUGGCCAGGGUAUUGUACAGGGAGCCGCUUCUAUAUGAAGAAGUCCAUUUUUGCAUCUUAUAGGAAUGUGUCAGGUGUGCCUCCUUUCAGAUUUCAGGAAAGAAUGACGCCGACUCCAUUUCCAUAGAUAAAGGUACUUUUACUGAAAUUGAACUGAAUGCAGCCAAGGAAAGCAAGAUCUGAGGCAAUAGGCACGAAAAUCACAUAUAGAAAGCAUCUCCUCCCAACUGUCCAGCGUAAAUCAUCCAAUCCAAAGGUCCUCCAGAGGUCAGGUGGAAUCACACGUCUGGCAGUGUCAUCAAUCUGGAAUGUCAGCAGAUAGCAGCUUCAAAGGCACAGGACUGCAGCUAAGAUUCGGUUUCGUUUCUCCAUACUCCUUCUCCAGCACGCUUCCCCAUCUAGCAAUUUCCUAAUUCCCCCUCUCCCCCCCCCCAUUACCAUGGCAUCCGACAAGCAAGCAUUGAAAGCUCAGAGGCUGACAGAAUGCUGAAUUGUGGACAAUCCCCCUCCCCAACUAGAUCCGAUUUGGAGACAAAUACAGCUUCUAGCCAACCUUCUCUCCCCCCCCUCCUCGAUCCUUCCCAAAAAGCUGUUCCUCCAAUCCAUGGUAGUUUUCAAGUCCUCCCUGCCAUGCCUCCCCUCCACCCCCUGUCAGCGUCUGACUCUGAGAUGGAAGACAAACAGCUGAUGGAGAGCAGGAGAGUGGCUCUGUUGGUGGUGGGAACGCAGAGUAGAGUAACAUGGGUUGCGUGACUUACAAGGAAGGAAAGGGCCCUGAUUCCCUUCACAAGGCACACCUGGGGAUGGAGUUUAAAGGAGAAGCAGUUGGGAGGGGCAUGUUGGGAACAAACCAGUGGUGGGUUGCUACCAGUUCGCCCCGGAUCAGGCGAAUCAGUAGCGGCAGCGGCAGGAGGCUCCGACCACCCACCCGGACGUUUCUGUGCAUGCACAGAAGUGUUGCAUAUGCACAUGAGUGCAUGCGCGUCCACAAGCAAACCGGUAGCAACCGAAAUUGAAACCCACUACUGGAACAAAUGCUGAAUUCCUAUAGUGUCGUGGACUGCAUUCCUGGCAUUCCUCUGGACUGUUUGAAUUAUUUCCGUCCUUCUGUGUGUUUAUCUUGUCUUGCUGGAAUUAUUCUUCGCUUCUGGGACUCAUUCUCUGGCCCCGCUGGAGUGAUUGAUUGCAGUCAUUCUGCUUACAGCCUUUGGACUGGCGUAUCUGCAGGUUUGUGGAAAAGCGUUUUUCCAGGCUGGAGAGUAAAAGGGACGUUGGGGGCAAAGUUGGUGCCAAUAAAGGGACUCACAUCGA